ACAUGGGGGACCCUCAACGCCGACAAAAGCAACGUUAUCGUCCUCAACCACGCUCUGAGCGCCUCAUCACACGCCGCCAGCACUAAGGCCGAUCCCUCGCGCGGCUGGUGGGAGGACUUUGUAGGCCCCUGUAAGACCAUCGACACCAACAAGUUCUUUGUGGUCUGUGCGAACAAUCUGGGCUCCUGCUUCGGUUCUACGGGACCGGCGGACGAGGCAAAGGAUGGGAAGCUCGUUGGUAGGCAUUCGAGUAUU